AUGGCCGGCCCUGCCCCGCCCGCCGCCGACGAGCUGCCCGGCCCGGCCCGGCGCCUCUACUCCAGGAUGGAGGCCUCGUGCCUGGAGCUGGCCCUGGAGGGUGAGCGACUCUGCAAGGCGGGGGACUUCAAGGCGGGCGUGGCCUUCUUUGAGGCCGCUGUACAGGUGGGCACCGAGGACCUGAAGACGCUGAGCGCCAUCUACAGCCAGCUGGGCAACGCCUACUUCUACCUGAAGGAGUAUCCCCGGGCCCUGGAGUACCACAGGCACGACCUGCUGCUGGCCCGGACCAUCGGUGACCGCAUGGGGGAGGCCAAGGCCAGUGGGAACCUGGGCAACACACUCAAGGUCCUGGGCCGCUUCGAUGAGGCCAUCGUCUGCUGCCAGCGGCACCUGGACAUCGCUCAGGAGCAGGGCGACAAGAUUGGGGAGGCCAGGGCGCUGUACAACAUCGGGAACGUGUACCACGCCAAGGGCAAGCAGCUGUCCUGGAACGCCAUGCAGGACCCCGGGCACCUGCCGCCCGACGUCCGAGACACGCUGCGCAGGGCCUCCGAGUUCUAUGAGAGGAACCUGUCCCUGGUGAAGGAGCUGGGCGACCGGGCGGCCCAGGGCAGGGCCUACGGCAACCUGGGCAACACCCACUACCUGCUGGGCAGCUUCGUGGAGGCCACGACCUUCCACAAGGAGCGCCUGGCCAUUGCUAAAGAAUUCGGAGACAAGGCAGCCGAGCGCAGGGCUUACAGCAACCUGGGGAACGCCCACGUCUUCCUGGGGCGCUUCGACGUGGCUGCCGAGUACUACAAGAAGACGCUGCAGCUGUCGCGGCAGCUCAAGGACCCGGCGGUGGAGGCGCAGGCCUGCUACAGCCUGGGCAACACGUACACGCUGCUGCAGGACCACGAGCGCGCCGCCGAGUACCACCUGCGGCACCUGCUCAUCGCCCAGGACCUGGCCGACAGAGUGGGCGAGGCUCGGGCCUGCUGGAGCCUGGGCAAUGCCUACGUGUCCAUGGGGAGCCCCGCGCAGGCCCUCACCUUCGCCAAGAAGCACUUGGAGAUCUCCCAGGAGAUCGGGGACCGAAAUGGGGAGUUGACGGCCCGCAUGAACGUGGCGCAGCUGCAGCUGGCGCUGGGCCGGCUGAGCAGCCCUGCGGCCGCAGAGAAGCCAGACCUGGCCGGCUACGAGGCCCAAGGGGCCAGGCCCAAGAGGACGCAGAGGCUGAGCGCGGAGACCUGGGACCUGCUGAGGCUUCCCCCGGAGCGGGAGCAGAAUGGGGACAGCCACCACUCUGGGGACUGGCGGGGGCCCGGCAGGGACUUGCUCCCCCUCUCCAUGAGGAGCAGGAAGUACCAGGAAGGGCCAGACGCUGCUGAGAGGAGACCCCGGGAGGGUGGCCCCUCCCCGCUGGACAGCGCGGACGUCCGGGUGCAGCUGCCCCGCACGAGCAUCCCUCGGGCCCCGUCCUCCGACGAGGAGUGCUUCUUUGAUCUGCUGAGCAAGUUCCAGAGCAGCCGCAUGGACGACCAGCGCUGUCCCCUGGAGGAGGGCCAGCCCGGGGCCGCUGAAGCCACGGCCGCCCCCACCCUGGAGGGGAGGGUUGCCCGGCCCUCGCUGACCGCCUCGCCCCAGACGGAGGAGCUCUUCGACCUCAUCGCCAGCUCCCAGAGCCGCCGGCUGGACGACCAGCGGGCCAGCGUGGGCAGCCUGCCCGGGCUACGCGUCACCCACAACAACCUGGGGCGCCUGCGCGGCGACGGGGACCCCCAGGAGCCUGGGGACGAGUUCUUCAACAUGCUCAUCAAGUGCCAGUCCUCCAGGAUCGACGACCAGCGCUGCCCGCCGCCCGACGGGCUGCCCCGCGGCCCCACCAUGCCUGACGAGGACUUCUUCAGCCUCAUCCAGAGGGUGCAGGCCAAGCGGAUGGACGAGCAGCGGGUGGACCUCACUGGGAGCCCCGAGCAGGAGGUGGGCGGGCCACCCGCACCUCGGCAGCAGUGCCAGCCCGGCCCCAGCUAAGGCCUUGCGCCCAUGC